ACUAGAACCAGGAUCACAGAGCCUCCCCAUCCCAAGUGGUGCCCGCAGCCCCAGCAGCCCCCCUGGGCCUCAUGUGGGUGCUGGCACUCGCUGUGGCUCUCCUGGAGGCCGCCCAGGCCUGUCUCUUCUGCCGCCUCCCAGCGCAUGGCUUGUCGGGCCGCCUGGCGUGGCUCUGCAGCCAGAUAGAGGCCCAGUGGAAGGACUGUGAGGCCUCCUGGAACUUCUCGACCUUUGCCUUAGAUGAGGUGUCCAUGAACAAAGUCACGGAGAAGACUCACAGAGUCCUGAGGGUCAUGGAGAUCAAAAGCUCUUUCUCCUCGCUCCCUCUAUAUUGGCAAUGGCUUCAAAAGACCAAGUUUCCUGAGUACAACAGGGAAGCUCUCUGCAGUCCCGCCUGUUGGGGCAGCACCAUCCUGUACAACUGCUCCACCUGCGAGGGCUUUGAGGUGCUCUGCUGGCCCCAGAAGCGCUGCUUCCCAGGAAGUCACGAUCUUUGGGAAGCCAGGAUUCUGCUCCUCUGUGUCUUCGGAACUAUCCUGUUCCUGGGCGUCCUAAGCCUUGUGGUGGAGUUCCACUUCCUUGAAGCAAAAAGCGACUUACGAAGACGAAGACGCUGACAGAUCCUAGCCUCCAGUUGUAAAGAGAGUGGGCCAAUAACUUGCACUUAGCUUGGGGGGUGGGGGGCGGGGAGGUGUGAGGCCGCCAGCCCCUUAGUUCCAGCCCCAAAGGUUCAGUCUUCCAGAUUCUGAAACCCAGAUGUCCCCAUGAUCCUACUGUCAGGGGGCCUCCAGGGACCCAGGCACCCACAGAUGGAAAGUUCCUCCCCUCCAGCCCUCACCCAAUCAGAGAGGCCGUCACCAAUGCCAGGAAAAUAUCUACCGAAGGAAAGAAUCCCCUCCACACGCACUCCCACUCCCACUCCCACACCCACACCCGGCCUGCCCGUUCCCGUAAAGCGGGGCUGUUUGCCCCUGAAGCUCCUCCUGGCCCUCCUGUGGCUGACUGGGAAUCCGGGAAUGAGUGUUCUGGAAAACGUCCUCCCUCUCGAGCAAAACCACAUCAGUCAGCCUGCUGGCACGCUCUCCCUCAUUCACCACGGUGAGGCCUGGGCCUCCCUCACGGGCUUCCCUCCGGCCAGGCCCAACUAAACGUGCUGUG